ACCAAUACACACACACACACCAAGAAUCUGUAUCUUUGUCUCGUGUGUGUAGUUGUUGAGCGUUCGUUAGAACAAACCGUCUCCGGUUUCUCCACAAUCUUUGUCUGUUUUUAAAUUUUUAAAUAAAAAAAAAAAGAACAGAACCCAUGAAACCCAAGAUAUCCUUACUGAAGUUUCUGGUGUUUUUUGUCGUCUUCGUGUUUUCUUCUUCUUCUGUCGUCGAAGGGAGUGUCCGGCGAUUCAAAUGGGAGGUGAAGUACCAGUUCAAAUCCCCCGACUGUUUCGAGAAACUGACGAUAACGGUCAACGGUCAGUCACCGGGCCCGACCAUCACAGCUCAGCAAGGAGACACCAUUGUUGUCGAGCUCAAGAACAGUUUAAUGACUGAAAACGUCGCUAUCCAUUGGCAUGGCAUCCGACAGAUAGGAACUCCAUGGUUUGAUGGAGCAGAAGGUAUUACGCAGUGUCCAAUUCUUCCCGGAGAGACCUUCACUUACCAGUUCGUCGUCGACAGACCUGGAACGUACAUGUACCAUUCGCACUACGGCAUGCAGAGAGAAGCCGGGCUGCAGGGGAUGAUCAGAGUUUCUCUUCCAGAGGGAGAAUCCGAACCGUUCCGGUACGAUUACGACCGUACCAUUCUGCUUGCCGAUUGGUACCACAAGAGCACUUACGAGAAAGCCACCGGCCUCGCCUCCAUUCCUUUCAGAUGGGUCGGUGAACCUCAGUCGCUUCUGAUACAAGGAAGAGGGAAAUUCAACUGUUCAAACUCGGUAAUUCCGAGCAAUGUGGCCGGGGUCUGCAAUUCCACGAACCCUCAGUGUGCUCCUUUUGUCCUUACUGUCGUCCCCGGCAAGACUUACCGUCUCAGAAUCGGUAGUUUGACCUCUCUUUCUGCCCUCAGCUUCCAGAUCGAGGGCCAUAACCUGACGGUGGUGGAAGCGGACGGACACAACGUAGAGCCGUUCACGGUGAGGAAUCUGUUCAUAUACUCGGGCGAGACUUAUUCCGUGCUGCUCAAGGCAGAUCAAGACCCGAAACGAAACUACUGGAUCACGACCAACAUCGUCAGCCGCCGGCCGUCCACUCCGCCGGCAACAGCCGUCCUCAACUACUACCCCAACCACCCUCGCCGCCGACCUCCGACGCCAUCUCCAGCGAUCUCCGAUCUCCCGGUGUGGAACGACACUCGCCCACGUGUCGCUCUGAGCCUAGCCAUCCGGGCACGGAGAGGGUUCGUUCACGCGCCGCCGGCGAGUUCCGACAGAGUGAUCGUGCUGUUGAACACGCAGAACGAAGUCAACGGGUUCAGACGGUGGUCGGUCAACAACGUGUCGUUCAAUCUCCCCCACACUCCCUACCUGAUCGCGUUGAAGGAGAACAUAACCGACGCGUUUGACUGGAAUUUCUCACCGCCGGAGAAUUACGACUGGGAAAACUACGACAUAUUCGCGAAACCCAUAAACGCAAACGCGACGAUCAGAGACGGGAUCUACAGAUUGCGGUUGAAUUCAACGGUGGACGUGAUUCUGCAGAACGCGAACACGAUGAACGCGAACGACAGCGAGACGCACCCGUGGCACUUGCACGGGCACGAUUUCUGGGUUCUCGGGCACGGACAGGGGAAGUUCAACGUGUCGGAGGAUCCGAAGAAGUACAAUUUGGUGGAUCCGAUAAUGAAGAACACCGUACCGGUUCAUCCGUACGGAUGGACAGCGUUGCGCUUCAGAGCGGACAAUCCCGGCGUUUGGGCUUUUCACUGCCACAUUGAGUCGCAUUUCUUCAUGGGGAUGGGCAUUGUGUUCGAAGAAGGCGUCCACAGAGUUGGGAACUUGCCGCCUUCCAUCAUGGGCUGUGGUCACACCAAACGCUGAUUGAUACAUCGGUUCAUGUCUAUGCCAUUUUUUUUUUUCUAAUUUCUGUUGGGUGAAAUUGAUUUGUUUACACGUAAGUGGCUGCUUGAUUCCAAA